AAGUUUAGCUUAAAUGUGGAUGAGGAGGAAGAAGUGGGGAGGUUGGUGAGGAAGAGAGGGGAGGAAUUGAAUAUCAUGGACCUCACCAGCGCAGCAUGCAAAGAGGCUGCUGAGCUCUAUGGGCCAAGCGCCUUGAGUGAAGGUGAAAUGGAGCAAUUUCUGAACACUGCUGGAGGAGCGCCCAUCCCCAAGAAGCCAAGGAAGAAGUCAAAGACUUCAACCAAGCAAGUGGAUGAUGGGAGGGCUGGGAAAGAGGUGGUACCCUUGGCGUCUGCUGGGACGGAGGAGGAGGUACCACCGCUGAAGAGAAAGGGUUGGGAGGAGAGAAGGGCACUGCAAAAGAAGCAGAAGGUAGUGGAGGAGGAUAAGGAGGAUGAGCUGGACCCCGAGCUUAGACGGUUGGAGGAGGGGGUUGAGGUAUGGGCUCCUGGGAAGGGGAAGGGCCCUGUUUCCCCUACAGUGUCUCAGAGCAGCCUAUUCGAGGCGAAGAACGUAAUGGGGGCUAGGUGGUUUAUCAAUAGCACCUUCCCCGAAGUGGACAAGUGCAACGCGCGGCAGGAAGCUCUGAGGUAUGGGGGAGCAUCUGUUGUGAAACACGUCCUUGAGAGCGCGAGCUGGGUGAAUGGUCUAGCCCAGGAGUUCAGGGAUGGUGUGAAGGAGCGCGCACUCUUGCAGAGGCAGUGUGACCAGCUGCAGAAGGAGAAGGAGGUGCUGGAGAAGAAAAAUAAACAUUUGCAAGAGUCGCUGGACGAGGCGCAAGAGAUGAAGUUGAUGACAGAGGCGUUCAAGGAGCUGAAGGGGAACAUGCGGAAGUUGGUGCAUAAUGGGAUGAAGGAGCACAUCAGCAACUUCAUCAGUUCUAGCUCGUUUGACAGCAUCGUCAACCUGUACCGGCUGCCCACUGCCAUCAUCGCUUUCACAGACUGUAGAAAGAAGGUGAAGGCUGCAUAUCCCGAAGUGGAUGUGACAAAGGUCACCUUCGGCGAGCAAGAAGAAGGAGUGGAGGAAGAUGGUGAGAGCAUGUCAGCAGACUUCCGGCCUCAGAUCAAACUGAGGUGGGAGGAUGAUGCAGACGGUCUUGCUGUUUUUCCUCCACAGUUCGAUUUCGAGUUCGUUGCAGUGGAGGAAGAAGGAGUAGAGGUAGAAGAAGACGAAGUGGAGGCAAGAGUAGAAGGAGCUACAGUGGAUGAUAAUCAACCAAUUCCAGAAGUGGAGAUUCAUCCAGUUCCUUCUGACGAGGAGGAGCCUCCUCUGCCAGACGAGCAGCAGCCAACACAGCCACCUCUUCCAGCUGAACAGGAGCCAGUGGAGCCACCCCUCCCUGAAGAAUAAUUUGUUUGUUUUUUAAUUUUUUGAUUUCUUGUAAAGACAUUUAUAGCUUGUAAUCUUUAUUUUAAUCGAAAUGAAAAUUGAUAUUUGAAAUCAUGUGUUUGUUUAUAUUCGCUUUACAUUUGUGGUAUUAUUUUUUAUUAAUAAAAGAACUGAGAUUGU